AUGGAUCCCAUCAACCAAAGCUCCGACAACUCGAUCGCGGGCCAUCCAGCCGCCGACGACAUUCCCAAUGACGGCACUGGCGUCGUCAAGCUCGAUCCUUGGCUUUCACCCUUCAAAGAUGCUCUCAAGAGCAGAUACAGCAAAGCGCAACAAUGGAUCAAGACAAUUGACGAGACUGAGGGCGGUCUCGAAAAGUUCAGCCGAGGCUACGAGACGCUAGGCUUCAAUGUCAAGCCUAAUGGCGACAUAGUGUACCGCGAGUGGGCCCAGAGUGCUCUGAGAGCCUACCUCAUUGGCGACUUCAAUAACUGGAACCGCGACUCGCACGAGAUGAAGAAGAAUGACUUUGGCGUCUUCGAAAUCACCUUGCCCCAGCAGAACGGCAAGCCCGCCAUUGCCCACGACUCGAAGAUAAAGGUCUCGUUUGUUGUGCCGAACGAUCACGCCAGACAGGAGCGCAUUCCUGCCUGGAUCACCAGAGUCACCCAAGACCUAAACGUUUCUCCCGUCUACGAUGCGCGCUUCUGGAACCCUCCUAAGAACGAGCGUUACACCUUCAAGCACCCAAAGCCCCCAAAGCCAAAGAGUGCCCGUAUCUACGAGGCCCACGUCGGUAUCUCGUCGCCAGACCCUAAAGUCGCUACAUACAAAGAGUUCACUCAAAACACAUUGCCCAGAAUUCACCACUUGGGCUACAACGUUAUUCAGCUCAUGGCCGUCAUGGAGCACGCCUACUACGCCAGUUUUGGCUACCAGAUCAACAGCUUCUUCGCUGCAAGCAGUCGUUAUGGUCUGCCUGACGAGCUGAAAGAGCUCAUCGACACAGCUCACAGCCUGGGUAUUACCGUCUUGCUGGAUGUUGUUCACAGUCACGCUUCGAAGAACGUCCUUGAUGGCUUGAACAUGUUCGAUGGCAGCGAUCACCUUUACUUCCACGAGGGUGCAAGAGGUAGACACGAGCUGUGGGACAGCAGACUAUUCAACUAUGGUCACCACGAGGUUUUGCGAUUCUUGCUCAGUAACCUCCGCUUCUGGAUGGAAGAGUACAACUUUGAUGGCUUCCGCUUCGACGGUGUGACCAGCAUGCUUUAUACCCACCACGGAAUCGGAACGGGUUUCUCUGGCGGCUACCAUGAAUACUUCGGCCCUGGAGUUGACGAAGACGGUGUCGUCUACCUCAUGCUCGCCAACGAGAUGCUGCACCAGCUUUACCCAGACUCCAUCACUAUUGCUGAGGAUGUCUCAGGCAUGCCCGCCCUCUGCGUCGCCCUCUCUUUGGGAGGAAUUGGCUUCGACUACAGACUUGCCAUGGCAAUCCCUGACUUGUAUAUCAAGUGGCUGAAGGAAAAGGAGGACAUCGAUUGGGAUAUGGGCAGCCUUGCCUUCACCCUCACAAACAGAAGACAUGGUGAGAAGACCAUUGCCUACGCAGAGUCUCACGACCAAGCUCUUGUCGGUGACAAGACCAUUCUCUUCCGACUCUGCGACGCCGAAAUGUACACAAACAUGUCUGUCUUGACAGAAUUUACCCCCGUAAUCGAGCGUGGUAUGGCUCUGCACAAGUUGAUUCGUCUCAUCACUCACGGCCUUGGAGGUGAAGGAUACCUGAACUUUGAAGGAAACGAGUUCGGACACCCCGAGUGGCUCGACUUCCCUCGCGAGGGCAACGGCAACAGCUUCCAUUACGCUCGCCGUCAAUUUAACCUGGUUGACGACAAGAACCUUCGCUACCACUUCUUGAACGACUUUGACAGCAAAAUGCAAUGGACAGAGGAAAAGUACGGAUGGCUACACUCCGAGCAAGCGUACAUCUCCCUCAAGAACGAUAGUGAUAAGGUCAUUGUCUUUGAGCGCGCUGGCCUUCUCUGGAUCUUCAACUUCCACCCCACAAACAGCUUCACAGACUACCGUGUCGGUGUCGAGCAGGGAGGCACUUACCGCAUUGUCUUGAACUCCGAUAGCCCUGCUUUCGGCGGUUUGGGACGUGUUGAUGAGAGCACUCGCUUCUUCACUACCGACUUUGCUUGGAACGACAGAAAGAACUUCCUCCAAGUCUACAUCCCCACAAGAACGGCUAUCGUAAGUGACCUCCAAAGGAACUACCUGAAAUGACUCUACUGACUAUUACCCAGGUUCUCGCUCUCGAAUCGACUCUGUAAUAAAGCAUUAAGAUCUUGUUUGCUUUUCUAUGAUAUCUAACCCACGGGAAUGAUGAGAUGAGGAAACGACUCGUACCAUAGAUUGUAUCUUAUUUCAUAAAAAAAAAAUGCCCA